GCAAGAGGGCCCUAUGAACGAAAAGAUCGGCGCCUUUUCAUAUCACCUACUAUGUUGUCCUCGUGGCAGAAGAAGUUCUUCGAUCCUCCCGAGGCCCCUCCCACAGAGGGCUAUUCCAGCCCUACUCGAGACAUGGAGGAUCGAACCGCGGUCAAUGUCAAUCAUCCCGACCCAAAAGGACCGGCCGAAGAAGUGCAUUCGGUGGCCACAGACACCCUGCCCAAUGAGGCGGCGCAAGAUGGUGUCACCCAGGCCGAAGCCAUCACAUUAACAUGGACCAAGACCUCUCUGGGAGCGGUGUAUACGCUAAUGUGGCUCUUGUACUUCGUGAACGCGUUCCAGUCCUCAAUCACCGGAAACCUGUCAGCCUACAUAACCAGCGGGUUCGAGGCACAUUCUCUGAUCCCAGUCAUCUACAUCGUAUCCAGCGUCAUGUCUGCAGCAACCUAUAUGCCGCUGGCGAAAAUCCUGAACUUGUGGGAUCGUUCGAUUGGCUUCUUGCUCAUGGCAGCAUUUGCGACCCUGGGCCUGAUAUUGUCGGCAACCUGCAGCGAUAUUUAUACCUACUGCGCCUCUCAGGUCUUUUAUAGUGUCGGUUUUGCGGGCAUGAUCUUCAGCAUCGAUGUCAUCACGGCCGAUACAUCCUCCCUGCGUGAUCGAGGCCUUGCCUAUGCCUUCACAUCGUCUCCCUAUAUCAUUACCGCGUACGCUGGUUCGGCAGCCUCGGAGCACUUCUAUCAGUCGAACUGGCGUUGGGCGUACGGAUGCUUUGCCAUUGUGCUACCAGUCGUGGCCUUACCUAUGUUUGCCCUCCUGCGGUUCCAUCGCCAUAAGGCCAAGAAGUGCAGCCUCCUGAAGCCGAAACCUCCCAGCGGUCGGACUUGGAUACAGAGCAUAAUCCAUUACAUUGUUGAGUUUGAUCUACUGGGUACGUUUUUGCUGGCUGCCGGUCUCGUCCUCUUUUUGCUUCCCUUCACGAUCGCGGGCUCUGCGGCCGAUGGCUGGAAGUCGGCACACAUCAUCGUCAUGCUCGUUCUCGGACUUGCUUGCCUGGUCGCCUUUGGCUUAACCGAGCGUUUCUUCGCCCCGGUUCCCUUUCUUCCUUGGAAGCUGCUGAUCUCCCGGACCGUUUUGGGAGCCUGCAUGGUAGACGUCUGCUACCAGGUGGCGUACUACUGCUGGUUCGAUUAUUUUACUUCAUACUUGCAAGUGGUAUACGGCGUGGGGAUCGCCACCGCUGGGUACAUAACCAGUAUCUUCGACGUGGUUUCUGGUGUGUGGUUGUUUUGUGUUGGUCUGGCCAUCAAGAAAAGCGCACGCUUCCGCUGGCUGCUCCUGGGAGCCGUCCCUCUUUAUCUCCUUGGCGAAGGCUUGAUGAUCUACUUCCGGCAGCCUCAUUGGUCAGUAGGCUAUACUAUCAUGUGUCAGGUCUUCAUUGCCUUUGCUGGUGGAACUAUGAUCAUUUGCCAACAGGUGGCUGUGCAGUCAGUCAGCGAUCACAACAACCUCGCGUCUUCCCUGGCAUUCCUCAACGUCUUCGGCUCCAUGGGAGGGGCUGUGGGUAGCAGUAUCUCGGGUGCCAUCUGGACCCAUACCUUACCUGGCGCUUUGCGACGGCUGCUCCCCGAGUCUGCUAAGGCGGACUGGGAGACGAUCUACGAUUCACUUGACGUUCAACUGGGCUACGAGCGCGGAACGCCGAUUCGACAUGCUAUUGCUCUGGCAUACGGCGUCGCGCAGCGCAACAUGUUAAUUGCCGGAACGGCGAUCAUGGCUUUAUCUUUGAUUUGGAUGUUCGUCAUCAGAGAUAUUAAACUGAACAAUGCUCAGACCAAGGGUGUUUUGUUUUGAAAAAUCUUUAAUCGCGUGGACGAGCUUUGAUGGCAAUAUUCAUCCUGUGGUGAGGUGGUGGAAACCGUCGUAGAUGGACUUCCAGUUCCUGGAAGAUAUUGGAAAGAUACAUGGUAGCCCCAAGGGGGUGGGGGUAGAGGAUAGUAGCUAUAAGGUGUGGGAUCUCAUAGCCGGAGGGGACUGACAGUAAUGGAUUCCCUGUUAUAUAAUUUAAUUUUCC